GAGAGAGAGAGAGAGAGAGAGAGAAUGGGGGUGGAUUAUUACAGCGUAUUGAAGGUGAACAAGAACGCAACAGAAGAUGAUUUAAAGAAGGCAUAUAGGAAGCUGGCCAUGAAAUGGCACCCUGACAAGAACCCUAAUGAUAAAAAUGAAGCAGAAACCAGAUUCAAGCAGAUCUCUGAGGCUUAUGAGGCAUGUAAUUAUUCAUUCUCCUUCCUUCCUUUCUCGUAUUUCUGCAUGUUACACGUCUUGAGUGAUCCUCAGAAAAGACAAGUUUAUGAUCAAGAUGGUGAAGAAGGUUUAAAAGAUAUGCCACCACCUGGAAGUGGUGGAUUCUCAUAUGGAGGUGGAUCCAAUGGAUUUAAUCCUAGGAACGCAGAGGACAUUUUCGCAGAAUUCUUCGGAAGCAGUCCUUUUGGAUUUGGGUCAUCGGGACCUGGAAAAUCCAAGAGGUUCUCAUCCGAUGGAGGGGGGACGUUCGGAGGAUUUGGUGGAGGUGAAAAUAUUUUUCGGUCAUAUAGUGAAGGUGUCACACCAAAGAAACCACAAGCAGUUGAGAGCAAAUUGCCCUGCAGCCUUGAGGAGCUGUAUUCCGGAUCAACAAGGAAGAUGAAGAUCUCAAGGAGUGUGGUUGAUGCUAAUGGACGCCAAGUGCCGGAGCAAGAAAUACUGACGAUUGAUGUGAAGCCAGGAUGGAAGAAAGGAACCAAGAUAACAUUCCCAGAUAAAGGAAAUGAGCAGCUAGGUCACCUGCCAGCUGACCUUGUGUUUGUGAUUGAUGAGAAACCACACAACACUUACAAGAGAGAUGGCAAUGACCUCAUUGUGAACAAAAAGGUGACACUGGCCGAGGCAUUGGGUGGAACCACGGUGCACCUCACCACACUUGAUGGUCGCAAUUUAUCAAUUCCGGUUACUAACAUUGUGAACCCGGGCUAUGAGCUUGUCGUUGCCAGGGAGGGUAUGCCAAUAGCUAAAGAGCCUGGCAAUAGGGGUGAUUUGAAGAUCAUAUUUGAGAUCAGGUUUCCUACAAGACUGACCCCAGAGCAAAGAGCUGGACUUAAACGAGCUUUGGCAGUCUGAAAAAGUGAAAUAUAUGACCUA